AUGGCAGAGGGCUGCGAGCACCCGAAUGCCGACAACCCCCUCAUGGCCUGGGCGAAGGAUGGCUUGUUCUUCUGCGACACGUACAGCGUGACGCGGGUCUCCUGGUCCUGCAGGGAGCUUCAGCCGUUGACUUCAGUGGUGGAUGUUUGGAAGCCGCGACUGCAGCAGCUGUGCUCCUUCUGGGCUCUGCCUUAUAAGGAGGAGCAGUGGAGGGAGCAAUACCUGGGCCUUUUCCGACCUCGCUGGGAUGGGAUCUACGUCGGCUGCUGCCAAUAUCUUCAUAAGGUUCGGCCCGGCGCAUCCAUGACACAGAAGGGAAGCUCCGUCUGGAUCACGUACAGGCGCUACCUCCGGUUCUUCCCUCCAGAUGACUACGGCACCCUGCGGGCCCUUGUGCUCCAGGACCCAGCGCCCCUGGAGGUGGCUCUGCAGAGCCUUCUAGCAACGCCUGCCCCGGUGGCUGGCGACGGCUUCGGAAAGGGCGGUUAUGGCCACGGCGAGGGUCUGACGGUGGCCAAGCACACCAAGGAGGCGAAGCACCACUUGGAAAAGAAGAUCUUCACCGCCCAGUACACCUACAGGGAAGGCUUUGUGGACCUGAACUACACCUGUGAUCUUGGGGACUGCCAUGUCCGGCUGCGCGUGGACCACACCCAGCCGGGGAACUUCUCCGAGCAAAUGGCAUGGGUGGACUCCCGGACGGCGCAGUCUGAGGGCUUUGAGAGGCUCGCGCAUUGCAUGCAACGUGUGGACUUCGAGCACCGAUACCAUCAGCGACCGCGGAAAAGUUCUCCUGCGAGUGAGAGCCGUUCCAGCCUCUUCUCAGUGGGCCUGUUCCCCGAACCACAAAGUGUCAAGCGUCAGCGGCACUCCAUAUCAAGGCAAAACAAGGAGGGUGCGAUGGUGACGGUGGAAGUGAGGGCGCGAGACACCGUGAGGGAGCUGAAGUCCAAGGCUUACCACCAGCUCUCCGUGUGGAAUCGCUUCACCGACUUCGAUGCGGAGGCAUCCUCCGAGCUUCCGCCGCUGGGCUCCUGCAGGCUCGGGCGACGGGACGGAGGCGACAUCAAGCUUCUCGAUGACCGCAAGAGACUCCGCCACUGCGGCCUGGUUGACGGAGAGGAGCUGCAGCUCAUGGUAGUGCCGCAGCCUCCUGCAUCGCAGGCGGCCGCCCAGACACCCCAGCCACAGGGAGGCUGUGCCGACGCGCCAGAAGAGGCAACCGAAACGCUGCCAACCGUGCGGCUCAAUGUGCUGGUGGCGCACGCAUUGGGUGAGGUGAACAUCGAGGCCUGGUCCUCCGAGACGGUCCUGGCGGUGAAGAAGCGCGCACACGCGCAACUGGAAGUGUGGUGCCGCUUUGCGGAUGCCUGCAGCGAGGAAGGCGCCACCUCCUCCCUCCCCGGCCUGGCUCAGAGUCGGCUCCACGCCGCGGGGAGCGGCGAUGGGACACUCCUACCGCACCCACUCGACGAGCGGGCCAGUCUCGCAAGGUGUGGCCUUCAGGAUGGAGCCAAGCUGUUCCUGCGGGCUACGUGA